UCUGAUGUCUUUUUGUCUCCAGGUCUUCUCCUCCUGUUUGGGAUGUUACUCACCUCGUCCCAAAUCUCAGUCAUGGUGUCUUCAUCUGAUGAAAACUACCAACCUGCCAUUUAAAAUGACUUCUACAAGAAAACCUGUGACAGCUGCAUCUCUGUUGAUACUUAUGAUCAAAGUCUUCAGUGGAAAUACCCUGACAUGUCGUCCAAGAGAUUAUCAGAUAGAGGACAGAUGCUGUCCUAUGUGUCCUCCUGGAGGUCACGUUCAAACAGAUUGUACAGAGUUCAGAAGUACUUCCUGUUUGCCCUGCAUGGAUGGAUCCUUCAUGAAUGAAUCUACUGAACGUACUCAAUGUUUUCCCUGCACCAACUGUGAUGCAGGUUCUGGUCUGAAGAUAAAGACUUCAUGCACAGCAACCUCAGAUACACUUUGUGAACCACUGGAAGGAUUCUACUGUAUAGACUUCACAGAGAACCACUGUGUGGCAGCACAGAAACACAGCAGCUGUCAACCAGGACAAUACAUCAGGGAGAAAGGAACAGUCCUCAGAGACACUGUGUGCUCUGACUGCAGUGGGGGGACAUUUUCAGAUGGGACAUUUCCAUCUUGUCAGCCACACACACAAUGUCAAUCACAAAACCUUCAGCUGAUAAGAGCAGGAACUGCUUCAACUGAUGCUGAAUGUGGACCACACAGUUCACAUGGGACAGUGAUUCUGAUCAGUGUUGGAGUUUUGCUUUUUAUAUUAUUUUUUAUAAUUUCCUCUUUAGUUUGUUUUUUUUUUCUUGAUGAAGGGAAUGUGAACAGGAGGAAACAAGGGAAAUGGAAGCAGACAGACAGAGCAGGAGACGACCUGGACAUCACAUGAUCAAUCAUCGUCAUAAACACUGUCUAUAAUGUGCUGUUCACUGCAGAGUUAAUGUGCUGUACAAUCCAGUUAGAAUCCAGUUGGGUGCUGGAUCAUUGUCUUUGCAGGGAACAGAAAUAAAACAGCUGCUGUGAGACAAAGUGAAGUCGUCCUCUACAGAACUGCUGCUCUACAGUCUGGACCUUCACUGAUCUUCUCUGGUGGACAGAGACAGCUCUCAACCUGGACUUUAUCUGUCAGAAAUAAGGACAAACAGCUGGAGCUGAGGACAGUGUGUCCUUUACUGCAUCAUGAUGGGACAAAUGGUUUCCAUCAGCAGAGCAGUUGGGAAUAUUUUCUUCAUCUCUUAUUGUGUUUUGUAGAAAACAUGUCUUCACAGUGUAUUUACUUCCACUUGAGUUCAAAUAGUGUUUGACUGUUUGUGAGCUGUGAUAUGAAAUGUCAGCAGGCUCUCUGACAGUAACAGAGUUGGAUGAAAGCUGUAGCUGCCUAUUGAUGUGUGAGUGAAGGGUGUGUAAAUAGUUUUGUAUAUGAAAGAUUUUUGUCUUUACACAGAGUAAAGACAAACUGUGACAGCAGAAUCUCCACAGUGGAACAUAAGUGUUGAGAAACAGCGUCAAAUGAAACUAUAAAGUCAUCCCACAGUUAUUUGGGUUUUUUUAGUCAUUGGCAGUGAUGGUGUUCACACCUCCCUCUGGAUGUGAUAUGUUCAUCUCUCCCAUCAGUGUCUGCAGCACCUCUGAGAGGACGGAGGACUCCUGUCUCCCUUUUGUUGUGGUCUGGUUGAGUCAGAACCCUGAUGAACUCAUUGCCACAUCCUGUCAGUUAUACGGUGCAGGUUGCAGCUUUUCGUGCACAUUAAUUUCUGUAAACAUGUCCCAUAAAACAGGGAACCAGAAACUAAAUGACUUUCUUAAGGAAACAAAAGAGCGAGUAGGAGGCAGAGAGACAGCCCCUCCCUGCUGCUCGUGUAUUAAAGAGCUCUUUGUCUUUUCCAUGUAUAAGCAGAGCUUGAACCAGAGUCUGGUUCUGAACAGUCUGUUAGAAAAGUGAUGGAUUCAAAGCUCCGUGUUGUAUCGUGUUAGCGUGAUAUCAUGUUGUCGACGCUGCUCGUGUUCGGUAAGUCCCACACAGAUGCUAACCCGAUUCUGAGCUGCAUUCAUGGCUGACGCUAACGUUAGCUUAGCUUUAUGUGCUAUAUGAAGUGCAGAGCAGUCCCUGGAUGCUAACACUGUGUUUUCCUGUAGGAUGUGUCUUUGCUGUACCAGCAUUAUGUUGCCGAGCAAAGGAGUACAUCACAGGAGACGGACAAGCUUUGAAAAAUGACGCAGGUUACUGAAACACAGGAAAACUCCAACUACAGCCUGUUUGUUUCAUAUUUACUGUAAACAUUUGUAGGCGGAUGUGUAAGUUGUUCCACUGUUUACAAAUGUUUACAUUGUCCCUCAGCUUGCAUAACAAAUUAAUAAAGUGAAACCUGUGGAAGCUGUAAACAAUAAGGCGUGUGCUGUUCAAGUGCUGUCGGAAUUAUGAAACUCAGGUUUUACUGUAACUAUUCACUGAUCCUCCACCCGUGCACCUGUACAGUAUACUGACAUUUGGCAGCCAUGCUGUAUGUGACUCGUCUUCAGGAGAGAUGUGGGGACUGGAUGGAAGUCAGUAUAACAUCUUAGCUCAACCUGGACUUGAUGCAUUUAUUGAAGCACAGAGGACAACAAGCACUGUCUUUGUCUAACAAUCAACUGACUCUCGUUGCCCGUAGUUAGUUAGUAAAUAAAUAAGGACUUGAAGCUACUUUAGUUCAUAACACACACACAGAAGCAGCUCACAGUCUAGUAAUGGUUAAAAUGAUGAAACGCAGCUUUGACUGAAGUGCUGACUGCAAAUAAACCACAUGCAAACCAUGUGUUCGGCUAACGCCCUGAAAUGAAUAACACAUUCUGGUUUCAGUCUCCUACCUUGUUCUUCCAUUUGAAGUUGCUGAAGCGAGUGUGAAGAUGAUCGAGCAAGUUAUCCCGGAAGAAUGUUCAUCAGACAUGGGCGGGGGGUCGUAUCUUUCAUUUUUGUUUACAUUUUAGCUGUUAAAAAAACAACAACAACAACAAUGAAUAGAUUUGUGAAAAUAAUUGACAGAUUGUUUUUAAUGAAAAUAUUUGUUAGUUGCUGGUUAACAGCCAGUGAACAGGUUUUGAUCUGAUCCCUUGAAGAUAUCCACACAGUGAAGGACACCAUGAUCAGCUGAAUAACCCUGUAGUCUCUCUUUGUGGUACAGGGCCAUUGAUCUUGAAGUGAUAUUGACAUUACUGUUGUGUUGUCUCUCACAGGUACAGUUGUUCGAAGAGACUGUACAGAACAGUCAGGCACACAAUGCAUUCCCUGUGCAGAUGGGACUUUCAUGAACCAUCCCAAUGGCCUGAAUAAGUGUUUCCCCUGCACCUCCUGUGUCCCAGGCAGGUGCAUAACAACAUCUGAGCUACAGCCUCUCAUUCUAUUUAUUAUAAGUAGUUAAUUAGGGCUGCACUGAUCUAACGUUGUUCAGUUUACAUACUUACACAUUCCUGCAGCUCCUCCUCUACAGCGGUGAGAGAAAGUGAGUGAAACCUUUGGAAUUACCUGCAUUAUGUAUAAAUCUGCAAAUAAGGUCAGAUCUUCAUCUAAUUAAUGAACCACAUUAACACACAAAUCAUCGUCCUUACUGAAUCCAUCAUUCACACUUUCACAGUGUGCGGUGGAAAAAGUAUGUGAAACCCCUGACUAAUGACAUCAGUAAAAACUAACUGGAGUCAGGCUUUAGCAAACCUGGAGUCCAGCCAAUGAAUCCAGAUCAGAAGUGUGUGUUAGAGCCACUUUGACUUCUAAAAAUCACUCAGACAUUUUGAGUUUACUGUUCACAAGAAGCCUCUGCUGAUGUGAACCAGGCCUCACAAAAACAUCUCAGAGGAUCAACAAUUUAAGGCUUACAGAGUGAUCUCAGAGAGUUUAGAUAUUCAUCAGUCCACAGUCACAGUGUCUGUAAAUGAAGAUGAUUCAGUUCUGUGGCUGCUCCCCCAGAUAAUGUGACUCCAGAGGUAUAACACAGAGUCCUCAGUGAGAUCUAACAGAGGCUCAGAGUCACAGCAACAGCUAAAGGCUUAAAGGAAUCAUUGGAGCUGGUUAACACCUCUGUUCAUGAGUCUGUCAGACACAAACCAGGGUGCAUGGUUCAUGGAGUCCAUGACCCCACAGAGGAAGCUGCUCUGUUGCCUCUUUUUGACAGGACAGUGUAAGGGUGGCUGGAACAGGUUAUUGGACCACUUAUUAAAUCCAAGGGUUCACUUACUUUUUCUUGCCUCUGUAGCUACUUCACUGCUGCAUUUGUCCAUUUUUUGUCUCCACUCUGAGUUUUAUCCAUUUUCUUGUACAUAAAGUCACGUUUCAAAAACUUGCAUAAAAAUUUUUUUUAACUGUC